AUUUCUUCUUUCUGUAUCUUUUUUUCUUUUUAAUGCUCGUUUGGCUGCACCAAAUAUCAUAAAUUUUGAUGAAUUUUGCACUGAAUCAGACUGGUUAAUCAUGAAAUAUCAUGAUAUUUGGUGCAACAAACGCACUCUUGAGUAUUGAGUUUUGUCUGAUAUGUCCGUGCAUCUCUGUUCAACAGAAAUUGAGUUACUUCUGAAAGCCUUGAAAGAGAGACUUCAAAUGGAUGCAGCUAUGGAAUUCAUCUGGGAGACUGCCAAGACUAUUGCCCCGAAUGCAUGGGCUCAGUACAACUACUAUAGAAACCUCCAAGAGAAUCUUAAUGUACUGAAAAACGAAAUGCAGGAGUUGAGUAGCCGAGAGUCCGACAUAAAGAAUGAACUGAAAACAGCGGAGGUAGUAUGUGGUAAGAAGCGAAAAGCAAAGGUGUGUUUAUGGUUGGAAAAUGUGGAAAAGAUUACAAGCGAAGUUACUAAGAUAGAAGAUGAUUCUAAAUAAGCAAGGAGAUAUUUCAUCCCUUCUCAUUUAGCACUAGGAAAGUGUGUCAUGAAGAAGUUUGAAGAGGUGGUGAAGCUUAAGGAGAAAGGUCAAUUUUCAGAAGGGUUACUUGCUGAUCUAUUACAUGAAAAUAGAAGCAUGCCGGCUACAAAACUCGUGGGUAGAACGACAGCAGAAAGAAAUAUUUUGGAACAGAUUUGAGAGUCCUUGAUAAAUCAAGAGGUCAAAACUAUUCGUGUCCAUGGUUUGGAGGGAGUCGGCAAAACAACCAUCAUGACCCACAUCUAUAAUAAAAUAGAGAGCUCUAGAAUAUUUGGCACUGCCAUUUGGGUGACAGUGUCUAAAGAUUCUAAUAUUGAGAGACUGCAGAAUGGUAUUGCACAAGCAAUAGGAUUGGAGCUUUCCAAUAAAGAGGAUGAAAUGAGAAGGUCAAUGGAAUUGUUUCAGGCUUUGAUGCGUAGGGAAAAGUUCGUUAUCAUCUUUGAUGAUGUGUGGAAAUCGUUUCCUUUGGAGAAGGUAGGGAUUCCCGAAGGUAAUGCAUACAAAAUAGUAUUGACUACUCGAUUGAAAAAUGUGUGCCUGGCCAUGCAGUGCCAAGAAAAGAUUGAAGUGAAGGCUCUUUCGAAAGAAGAAGCAUGGGAAUUAUUCAAGGAAAGGCUUGGGGCUGAUCUAGUGCUUUCUCCGGAAGUAGAACCCAUUGCGAAGCUUGUCGGUGAAGAAUGUGGUGGUUUGCCACGCAGAAUCAUCACAAUAGCAAGUGAAAUGAGAGAAAAGGAUGAUAUUAGAGAAUGGAGAAAUGCAUUAGAAGAGUUAAAAUGCUCAAUGAUGGAGAUGGAAGGCAUGGAUGAUAAAUGACGUUAGGAUGGAUGUUGUUAAUUGUAAUCUAAUUGGGAAAGAGAGCUUCUUUGUUCUUUCCAAUUAUAUUCUCGUCUUGGUUA